UCCACAAAAGUGAACCGUCUAUGCAAAACUCACAAUACCAUUACAGUGAAUGGGCAGUUCCCAGGACCCACCUUGGAAGUCAACAAUGGUGACACUUUAGUGGUCAAAGUAACAAACAUGGCCACCUACAAUGUAACCAUCCAUUGGCAUGGAAUUCGACAAAUGAGAACAGGUUGGGCGGAUGGUCCAGAGUUUAUAACUCAGUGUCCUAUUAGACCAGGAGGAAGUUAUACUUAUAGAUUCACUAUUCAAGACCAAGAGGGAACACUAUGGUGGCAUGCCCAUAGUUCAUGGCUUAGGGCCACAGUUUAUGGUGCUUUGAUUAUUUACCCCAAAGAAGGAACUUCAUAUCCCUUUCCGAAACCUAAGCGUCAAACACCCAUCCUUCUCGGUGAAUGGUGGGAUGCCAACCCUAUUGAUGUUGUGAGGGAAGCCACAAGAACUGGUGGAGCUCCCAAUGUAUCAGAUGCAUUUACCAUUAAUGGUCAACCUGGUGAUUUCUAUAAAUGUUCUAGCAAUGAAACGGUGAUAAUUCCGAUAGACUCUAGUGAAACCAAUUUGCUUAGGGUUAUUAACGCGGCCAUGAACCAAGAACUCUUCUUCACCAUAGCUAAUCACAAGCUAACAGUUGUCGGUGCAGACGCUUCCUACCUUAAACCAUUCUCCACUAAUGUAAUCAUGCUAGGACCCGGACAAACAACCGACGUUUUAAUUACCGGCGAUCAAUCCCCUGCCCGAUACCACAUAGCUGCCCGUGCAUACCAAAGUGCUCAAGGAGCUCCAUUCGACAACACAACCACAACAGCCAUCCUCGAAUAUAAAACAGCACCUUGCCCAGCCAAGGGCAGUGUUUCAGUCAGACCCGUUUCAGCAAACUUGCCUAGGUUUAAUGAUACACAAACAGCCACAACUUUCACCACAACCCUUCGGAGUCCUAAAACAGUUCCGGUUCCAACAGAGAUUGACGAAAAUCUCUUUAUCACAGCCGGACUAGGUCUAAACAACUGCCCGGUUGGGGCACAGGCAAGUAGUUGUCAAGCUCCUAAUGGAACACGUUUUACCGCUAGCAUGAACAAUGUUUCAUUUUCAUUCCCGUCCAAAAUCUCCAUAUUACAAGCUUUUUAUAAUGGAGUCCCCGGAGUUUAUACAACCGAUUUUCCACCAACUCCUCUUUUAAAAUUCGAUUACACAGGGAAUGUUAGUCGGUCUCUUUGGCAACCGAUAAGUGGAACUAAAGUGUAUAAACUGAAAUACGGAUCGAGAGUGCAGAUUGUUAUACAAGGAACAAGUAUCUUCACGGCUGAGAAUCAUCCAAUUCAUAUGCAUGGAUAUGACUUUUAUAUUGUAGCUCAAGGUUUUGGAAACUUUAAUCCGAAAACCGACACAUCAAAGUUUAACCUAGUUGAUCCACCAAUGAGGAACACUGCAAGUUUACCUGUCGGAGGAUGGACAGUAAUUCGAUUCGUGGCUGAUAAUCCUGGUGCAUGGAUAAUGCAUUGUCAUUUGGAUGCUCAUAUUAGUUGGGGUUUGGCUAUGGUUUUUAUAGUGGAAAAUGGAGUUGGUGAAUCGCAGACCUUGGAACCACCUCCAGAAGAUCUUCCUGUGUGUUAA